AUGUCUAAGGAUAUAAGAUCAUUUUUUAUCACAACGAAGAAACCUGUAAAGUCCAAAGAAGCAGUUCCUGAUGAUGAUGAUAUUAUUCCUGAAUCUCCUGAUGUACAAAUUAAAAAGAAGAAAAAAGAAGCAAGGAAGAAAAGAGUUAUAUUAGAUGACUCAGAUGAUGAAAUACAAACGAAAAAACCAAAAAAAUCUGAAACACACUUAAAUAAAAAAAACAAAUCUACGGCAGAAUUAAAAGAAGUGAAACCGAUAGAUUUAUUUGGAAAUGCACCCAUCGUGAGAACUGAGCCCAUAGUUAAAAAAGAAAAGAACAAAACAGAGUUAGGAAUACAUUCGGAUGAUGAAUUCGAAAAGAGUCUUCUUGAAAUAGAUGAGAUUGAUCAUCUAGAAAAAAAUAAAAAUAUUGAUUUUACGCCAUUAGAAAAUGGAAACAAUGAUAAAUCACACGAAAGAAAACUGCAAAAAGAAAUGAAACAGAAAGAAAGUAUUAAAUUAGACAAAGAUUUAUUACCUUCUUUGAAAGAUAAAGAGAAGAAAACAGAUAGCUACAAUGUUAAUAAUUUAAAAAACAAAAGCAUAAUAGAUGAAGUUAAGGAAGGUAAUAAAAGAAAAUUCUCUGAAUUUAUUGAGACGAACAUUAAAGACGAAAAUGCUGUUAGCAAAAAAAUUAAAAUAGAAAAAAAACAUAAAGAUGAGAGUUUCAGUUCAAAAGUAGAAAGUGAUUUAGAAAUGAAUUGUUCAGCAAUAGAUGAUGAAGCUGGCAAGAAGAUAACGAAAAAUAGAGGAAAUAAGAGUUUAAACGAAUCAGUAUUAUCAGAUGAAGAGAGGCAUCAACGUAGAGUACAAUCUGCUGCAUUAUAUAAGAAAUAUCUCAACAGAUCAGCACCUAAACAUUUAGGAUCCAAAGAAAUUCCUGUGGGUGCGCCGGACUGUCUUAAAGAUUGUGCAUUCCUACUGACUGGAGUUUUGGAUUCAUUUGAGAGGGAAGAAAUCGAGGAGGCUAUCAAAAGAUACGGUGGAACAGUUAAACCUGGUGUUAGCAGGAAGGUAAACUACGUUCUGGUUGGUGAAGACCCAGGACCCGCAAAGAUUGCUAAGGCGACAGACUUGGGCAUCCCCAUAUUAAACGAAGACGAGUUCCUAAAAUUGAUCUCCAAUUCUGUAAACAAUACUAAACUUACUACCAGAGAUAAAGGUCUAAAAGAAAAAAAUAUAGCAUCUAAAUCAAAGGAUGAAAAAGAGAGGAAAUGUGAAAAAUCUAGCAGUAAAGAAAGGAAGAAAGAUAAAUCAAAGAGUCCUAUUAAGAUUAAGGAGGAAAAUCGUAAUUCUACAUCCAAGCCUUCGGAUGACAAUGUCCAAAAUCAAGUUAAAACAUUGAAUUCAGAAAAACAAUCAAGUUCAAGGGAAUCGGUGUCUAGUUUAGGAAUAGGUUUGAAAUGUGAACAGAAUCAUGAUACCAAAUGUAAUAAAUACAUGUGGGUGGAUAAAUACAAACCGCAGAAUGUAAAACAAAUAAUCGGGCAGCACGGCGAUUCUAGUAAUGUUAAAAAAUUAAUCAAUUGGUUGACAAAAUGGUACGUGAAUAGAAAGGCCAAGCUGCCAAAGCCCAGUCCUUGGGCGAAGAAUGAUGAUGGAGGCUACUUCAAGGCGGCCCUGCUCUCUGGACCUCCAGGAGUUGGUAAGACAACCACAGUGUCGCUCGUGUGCAGAGAACUAGGCUUCGACGCGGUCGAGUUCAACGCGUCCGACACGAGAAAUAAAUCCUUGCUCAAAGAACAAAUCGGCGAGCUGCUGUCCACGACUUCACUGUCCGGAUAUGCCAAAGGCGACACGAGCAAGCAGGCCGUCUCCAAGAAACACGUUUUAGUAAUGGACGAAGUCGACGGCAUGGCGGGAAAUGAGGAUAGAGGCGGCCUGCAAGAGUUGAUAAAUCUGAUAAAAUCAACAUCAGUGCCAGUGAUAUGUAUGUGUAACGACAGAAACAGUACGAAGAUGAGGUCCCUGGUCAACUACUGCUAUGAUUUGAGGUUCAACAGACCAAGAGUGGAUCAGAUCAGGGCCGCGAUGAUGUCGAUAUGUUUCAAAGAAGGAAUCAAAGUGGCCCCGGACGUGCUGACGCAGCUGAUCGUCGCUUCUAACCAAGACGUGCGGCAGACCCUCAACUUACUCUCGAUGUGGGCGGUCGACGAGGCGUUGGCCAGUGCGGACAAGUUAAAAAGAGACGCAAACACCACGAAGAAGGAUGUCAAAUUGGGUCCAUGGGAGGCAGUAAGGAAAGUGUUCUCCGCAGAAGAACAUAAGACUAUGAGCAUUCACGAUAAAAGCGAUUUGUUCUUUUACGACUACAACCUCGCUCCUCUGUUCGUGCAGGAGAAUUACUUGCAAGUUGCACCACACUGUCCCAAACACGAGGUUCUAGAGAGAUUUAGUAAAGCGGCCGACAGUAUCAGUAUAGGCGACAUGGUUUCUGCGAGAAUCAGAGGCAGCCAGGCGUGGAGUCUUCUGCCUAUUCAGGCCAUGUACAGCUCGGUGCUCCCGGGACACGUGGUGUCGGGUCACGUGGUCGGCCAAAUCCAGUUCCCGGGCUGGCUCGGGAAAAACUCUCGCGCCAACAAAAUGCACCGGCUCGCCCAGGAGAUACACGCUCACACAAGACUCAGCACCUCAGGGUCGAAAUCUUCAAUAUACCUCGAUUACUCAUCACAUCUAAGAGACGCAAUAGUCAAUCCACUUAUCAAUGAAAAAACAGAUGGAAUCACAAAGUCCUUAGAAAUAUUGGAAUCCUAUCAUCUCCUGAGAGAAGAUCUGGAUUCUUUGAUUGAGCUAUCUUUGUGGCCUGGACAGAGAAAUCCGACAGUUUUGAUUGAAGCCAAGGUGAAAGCUGCUAUGACUCGAACGUACAAUAAGACGGCUAGCGCUCUGCCAUACGCGCCGGGAGCCGUGAAGAAAGGUCGAAAUAGAAACGAUGACGAAAUGGAUGACGGUGAUGAAGCAGGUGAUGUGACCGAGGAAGAGAACAGCGACGCAGAGAAUGACGCAUUUAUAAAGAAGAAAAAGACAAAAGACAGUGAAAAAUCGGAUUUAAGUAAAGAAAAACCGAGCACAAGUAAAGCUAAAACAAACAAAGAAAAGAAGAAGAAGAAGUAAUCCAAAUUUUCAUGAAAAUUAUUUGAUGUAACACUUCAUGAUUAUGAAAAAUUGCCAUAAAUCUCAAAUAAAAUAAAAUUAAAGAGUUCAUAAAACUACAAAAAUACCUUUUAUAAUUGAACACAAUAUGAUUUAUCUUUGAAAAUAAUGACUGCAGAUGAAAGAUAUUU